AUGGCAGAAAUGACAGCAAACAACAAAAAGAAAGGCAAAACCGAAGAAAGGACAGCAGACACUUUCCCCAAUACUUCCAAAUGUUCUCAGGGCUCCUCUGGAACAACAUUGAUGCAACAUCCAGUGAUCUUCUCCACACAUUUAAACAGCUCAGAAAAGAGCAGUACACUGGACCAUUUCCAUAAACUUCCCAAACUAAAUUCAUGCACGAAAGAGGGUCCCUCGUGUUUAUCUACUCCUUCUGAAAUCUGCAUCCAUACACCGAAGGAUCGCAUCACGGCAGUGGUCAACCAAACAGCAGUCAUUCCCAUUGAUAUCGAUGUCACAAAGUCCAAUUGGGACUUUAUUGUGGUCCACUGGCAUCAUAUCAAAAAAACUGAUGAUGAUUUCCUUCUCAAAUAUGACCUGAGAUCAUGCAGUCAAACCAGGACUGGACAGCAAUGGUGGGAAAGUCGUUGUCACUUCUUUUUGGAGGUGAUGCCAGUAUAUCGGUGGAAGGUAUCAGUCAUGAUGAAUGCCUGGUUGAUCAUCUGGAAUGUAGAAGAGAAGGAUGCUGGGAGAUAUCAAGUCACAGUGAAAUCUAACAACAUGAAAGAUGCAUGCAGUUUUCUGGAACUUUCAGUGACCAGAGGCAGCAAAUGAAUUAGCAGAAUGAGAUGAAAGUGAGAACAAACCAAGUCAUGAACAAUAGCAAAAGCUCACCACUCACAGAAUUCAGUCUCAGUUUAACAUCUUUGUAAAGUAGAGAUAGAGGACAUGUGCCAGUGUGACCUAUCAAUCAUGUCCACAAGUCCAUUGUUAGAAAAUGAUCUAUGAUGUGAAAACAUGUCUUUCUUAACAAUCCACAGUUUGUUAACCAGUGAGAAAUCACAUUCUAGACUAUGUUUUAUUGUUGACUUAUACAUUC